UUGUUAUUUAAGAAAGGCGACAACGCUCUCUUGAAGAACUACAGACCGAUUUCCCUUCUGAGCCGCGUCUACGUGCUGUUUUCGAGAGUCAUUACGAAUCGUCUCGCACGCAGACUCGAUGACUUCCAGCCUCCCGAACAAGCCGGUUUCCGAAAAGGCUUCAGUACCAUAGACCACAUACAUACCCUGCGGCAGAUUGUACAGAAGACUGAAGAGUACAAUUUGCCACUUUGCCUGGCGUAUGUGGACUAUGAGAAAGCCUUUGAUUCCGUCGAAAUUUGGGCGGUGCUGCAGUCCCUUCAGCGGUGCCAAGUUGACUGUCGGUAUAUUGAAGUGCUGAAGUGUUUGUACAGUAGGGCUACGAUGGCUAUCCGAGUACAGAACCAGAGCUCGAAACCUAUCCAACUGCAGAGAGGUGUAAGACAGGGUGACGUUAUAUCCCCGAAACUCUUCACCGCUGCUUUGGAAGACGUUUUCAAGUUACCGGACUGGAAAGGAUAUUAA